AUGAAUUAUUCGGCUCAAUUGCUUCAUUCUCUGUCGUUCGAGAUUCAUAAUCAACCCACCAAUGUUCAUAAUGAAGUAUCGCUGUGUAAUAAGUUUAUUGAAAACUACACAGAAGAUGUUGCCGUCGAAUUGUCAGAAAAAGGAAUAUCGAUUAAAAUCCUAGAAUCGAUUAUUCAAAAGCGGAUUGGAUUUUUAUCUUGGCUAGCUUCUCGACCACCCAGAAAAUGGUUUCAUCCCCUGUUACGAAUUUGCCGUGUUUUACUGCGUGACAAAUUGCUGGUCGAUAGAUUCCACGAGCUCCAAUUGCACGCCAAUUUCGUGCAGUUUUGCGACUACGUAUCCUCGCAAUAUUUUGCGCAUGACAAUACGACAGAAUACGCACAAUCUGCAUCAACUUUACUAAAUAUUUUGCAAAAGCUUUGCUCAAAGAAAGAAUUCGUCGAGUUGUUCGUGACUUAUCGGCUUUUUAAAUGUGUUUUGGAGCUUUUAACAAGUCGGGAUAUGAGUAUAUUACAAGGAGCAUUGGAGGUCCUCGGUCGGUUGGCAGAUUUCUCCGCACAAUGCCGGGUUGAAUUAUGUGCAUCUACAGCCAUUGACGUUUGCCUGCAAUUGGCUCCAUCUAGUGAUUUAUUAACGCAAAAGCUAUGCGUGAGUCUAUUACGAAUUCUCUCCUGUGAAGAACAAGCUCGAGAACAAAUCAAGAUCUACGACGGUGUACCAUUGCUCGUUGGACUCUUAUCCGUAAAAAACAGUCGAUUACAAUGGCACGUCGCAUGGUCAUUGGCGCAAUUGGCUGAGGAUAUUGAGACUGCUACUGAAGUGGCGACACUUGGAGGGGUGUCACUGUCGUUGGCUAUGUUAUAUGUUGCUAAAGUCCCAGAACGUGGCAUAGCUGAUUGGAUAGCAAUGAUGACCGGCGUCUGCGCUUUACUAGCCCAGCUCUGCCAAUCGGAUCGUGUCCAAUUGUUGAUAGUUAAUGGCAAUGGAAUUUAUGUAUUGGGGCAGAUUUUGCUUCUCCAUUAUCAUUCUCCAUUGCUCUCCACGAAUCCUAACUACAAUACCUUACAAUGCUCUGUUUUUCGGGUCCUACGAUUGUUAUUUUCAUUGGAGAGAAAUCGUCAUUUUUUCAAGAAGGUGUUUGAGGCCGAUUUUUUCGGGGCUUUCAUUGACGUUGGGCACUAUGUGCAUGAUUUAUCAGCUUAUCACUCUCUUACUGAGCAUUAUAACGCCAUGAUUAAAAUGAAAACCAUCGAAGAAACCAAAGCGGCCUGGGAUGCUGUCAAUUUGAGGAGAGAUCCGAUCGGAACCGUUGGGGAGUACGACCUCCUCGAACAACUGGGAGCAGGAGCUUUUGGUUGUGUCUACACUGCCAGAAAGAAAUCAAAGGACCUGGCAGCUGCUCCACAAUAUUUUGCUCUAAAAGAGAUUUUUAUGAAUGCCGUCUCGGAUUCAAGCUCUGGUGUUGGGUCGGAUUCGAAGAAUUUUGAGGAUAUUAUAUCUGAAGUAAAAAUUAUUAAGCAGCAGUUACGCCAUCCAAACAUCGUGCGAUACCGUAAGAUAUUUGUCGAAUCCCAUCGAUUAUAUGUCGUCAUGGAUUUGAUAGAAGGAGCUUCGCUAAAAGAACAUAUAAAUUCAACUAAAGAAAAACGGGAGAAAUUUGAAGAAGGACGAGUUUGGAGUAUCACUAUACAGAUGAUACUAGCCCUACGGUAUCUUCAUAAAGACAAAAGAAUCGUCCAUCGGGACCUAAAACCCAAUAAUAUUAUGCUGACUGAUAGCGAUCGGGUUGUUAUUACGGAUUUCGGAUUGGCAAAGCAAAAGGGGGCUGAUUAUUUGAAAUCUGCAACUGGGACCAUUAUUUAUAGCUGCCCCGAGGUGGUUCAACACUUUCCAUACGGCGAAAAAGCGGAUAUAUGGUCAUUUGGGUGUUGUAUCUACGAGGUUUGCGCCCUGAGACCCGCUUUUUGUUCUCAAAAUAUGCUCCAAUUGGCGACGAUGAUUGUUGAGGGGAAAUAUGAUCCAAUUUCUGAGAUCUAUUCCGAACCGCUUCGAAAUCUGGUGGCUUGCUGUCUGAGUUCUUUGCCUCAAUCUCGACCGGAUAUUGAUGGGGUGGCUGCAUUGGCUGCUCCAAGACUUAUUUUAUGUUUAGAUGAGGUUUUUAGACGUCAGCCAUCCACUACACAAGACACCCAACAACGAAUGUUUUCUUAUAGUGAAUUUUCGACUGGAAAAAGACCUCCCUCUUCAUCCCUAAAUUCUUCAACAUCUUCUACACUGGGUCUAUCAAGUGCUAGAGCAGCUUUAAGACGAAGAAAAUCUCUAUCUGCUGAAGUCACCAAGAAUCAACACAAUAAUGGCCCGACAAAACAGAAUAAUGAUUUAAAAUUGCCUUCUAUCGAUCCUGGAAAUAUCGACAAACCAAAAAGGGAAUUAAAAUCACUAUCGGCUGGCACCACUUCAAAAGGGCGAGUAAGGCUGCCAUUGUCUACUACACUUCCGGCAAUCGCUCCUCCACCACCAAAUCCAUCCCGCCGGCUUACGGUAGCUGCAAUUCGUACUCAUAAACGAGCCUCCUCUUCUGGUGCUGUCGACAAAUCGGAUCCGCUUUUGACUUUAAGAAGUGGAGCCCUUCGCCCAACAAUAGACCCUGUUGUCCAGAUCCUAGCCAUGGUUCAAAGAAUUUUCCAAAUUGUCAAUUCCUCAAUUGAUGGCACUACGCUGAGCUACAAAAAACGUCUUAUCGAACAGUUCCAAAGAGCUUUAUUUGGAAAGAACACUAAUCCAGGGUUGGCCAAACGGGAGUUAAGAAAGCUGGUUUUGGAAGCGAAUGAAGAUAUCCCCCUCGAAUUGGGCUUUGCCGAUUUUCGCCCGGUUUUAGCUGAUCUACCACUACCUCCAGAAUUGAGCAUGGAUCGCAAAAUCACGAAAAUCACCUACGAGCAGCUGGCCGCUUGUAUUUCUACAUUAAGUCGAAGUCUACGGUUGGAGCCU